UUUAGAUCAACAAUCACAAAAAGGCUUAUCUAAAUGUGUUAAUGGGGGAACUAUUGGGAAAUAUUCUUCCCAAUCAGGCAGGCAAUUGGAGACAGACAUGGUAAUCAUGUCAUACAUUGCCAGGUCAAGUAGUCCAUUCACUCUAGUAGAUGAACCAUGCCUCAAAGAAAUGGUGGAACAUUUAAAUCCAAAAGUAAUUGUGAAACAUUCCUCGACUUUUUCAAGGUACAAGCUGCCAUUGCUUUAUGAAAGCGUUAUGGAUACUGUGCAAAACCUAAUUGAAAAAGAAGUUUCUACUUGUCAACAGGUGGCUAUCACCACUGAUGGUUGGACCUCUAGGUCACAGGAUCCAUACAUGACUCUUACGCUUCACUAUAUCAAUAGUCAGUUUGAACUGAAAAAAUAUGUUCUCAACUUUGACAAUUUCGUGGGAAGACACACUGGUUACCACAUUAGCAAAGCUCUGGAAGAAAUGAUCCAAAAAUAUCCGGUAUUGGACGCCGUGCCCAAGAAAGUCAUUGUCCACGAUGCGGCGGCAAACAUGAAACAUGCUGUGUCAAUCAUGAACAAAACAAAAUAUGAAUCACUGUUGUGUGCAGACCACCUACUAAACACUAGCCUACUACAUGCUACCAAUGAAGUGCAAGAAGUCAAAGAAUGCAUAGAUAUUGCCACACAACUAUCUAGCAAAGUCCACAGAUCCACCUUAGCUUGUCAACUUAAUGAAAAAGAGUGAAUUCUAACUGUUUUAUGCUGGAGUCAAUCCUUAAACUUAAAGAUGUGUUGAUUUCUCUUAGAGAAAAAGAUGCACUAAAUAACAACCCACUACA